CACAGCGAGAUCGUACAACGUGCUCAAAAUCCAGCUUCGUGGCGUCUCUCUCUCUCUCUCUCUCUCUCUCUCAGGUGAAACCCUACUUCAUCAUCUUCAUCUUCUUCUUCUAUUAUUGAUUCGCACUGGUCACAGACUCCCCUCUAGCUUCACUCAGAGAUCCAAGGCAAUGAUGCUCGGUAUUUUAAGGAGAAGAGUCGCCACUGGAGGCUCAUCUUAUACGAUUUUGAGGCAGUCCUUGCAGAGCAUUCAAACUGCGGCGUCUACUCCUAGAGUUUUCUCUCUUCCCGAGAAGGAGAUUUUACUUCAUCCAAGAGGUUUUGGGCAUGUCUGUAACUUCAGCCAUCUCACUUCACCUGGUCGUUCAGUUAGUUCAGCGUCUAUGAGGGAUUUUGCCAGCAUUGAGCUUGUGGCUCCCAAGCAAUUGUGGAGCAGGCCAUUUUCUUCAGAUGGUGGGGAUUCGAUUGAUGUUGUUGUGCCUUUUAUGGGUGAAUCCAUCACCGAUGGCACCUUGGCAAAAUUCUUGAAGAAUCCUGGUGAUAGGGUAGAAGUUGAUGAGCCAAUUGCCCAAAUUGAGACAGAUAAGGUCACAAUUGAUGUGGCUAGUCCAGAAGCAGGUGUGAUAAAGGAGUUUGUAGCCAAGGAAGGGGAGACUGUCGAACCAGGAACUAAAGUUGCUGUUAUUUCAAGGUCUGGCGAGGACGUAGCUCAUGUUGCUCCCUCUGAGAAAAUAGCAGAGAAAGCUGUUCCUAAGAAUGCAUCUGCUCCUCAAGAAAAGAAAGAUGAAAAGCCUAAACCUACAAUGGAGAAGUCUAAAACAACAGCACCACCACCACCUAAACCCUCUGCAACAGAACCUCAGCUUCCCCCCAAAGAAAGAGAAAGACGAGUUCCUAUGACAAGGCUCCGAAAAAGGGUUGCAACCAGAUUGAAGGACUCUCAAAAUACAUUUGCAAUGUUAACUACAUUCAAUGAAGUUGAUAUGACUAACUUGAUGAAGCUCCGGUCUGAUUAUAAGGAUGCUUUUGUCGAAAAGCAUGGAGUUAAGCUGGGCCUUAUGUCAGGUUUUAUAAAGGCUGCUGUGAGUGGGCUCCAGAAUCAACCUAUUAUAAAUGCAGUUAUUGAUGGUGAUGACAUUAUAUAUAGAGAUUAUGUAGAUAUCAGUAUCGCUGUUGGAACUCCUAAGGGUCUGGUUGUACCAGUUAUUCGUAAUGCCGAUAGGAUGAACUUUGCCGAGAUAGAAAAGGAGAUCAACACCCUUGCAAAGAAAGCAAAUGAUGGAACUAUAUCAAUUGAUGAGAUGGCUGGAGGUUCAUUCACAAUAUCUAAUGGAGGAGUUUAUGGAAGUCUUCUGAGUACUCCCAUCAUUAACCCUCCUCAGUCGGCUAUUUUGGGGAUGCAUUCGAUAGUGACCCGUCCAAUGGUGGUUGGAGGCAAUAUAGUGCCCAGGCCAAUGAUGUAUAUUGCUCUAACAUAUGACCAUAGGCUGAUUGAUGGAAGAGAGGCAGUUUUCUUCUUGCGCCGUAUCAAAGAUAUAGUGGAGGAUCCACGCAGGCUGCUUCUUGACAUUUGAAAAUUCAAGCUAAAGACUUAUUGUCAAUUUCAUCUCAACAAAGGGCAGGAAUAAUACUUUGAUAUCAAAGUUCUGUUAGGUUUUUGUUUUUUGAUCUUGAUUCUCUGCUGUAACGAGUUCUUUUGCGGCUUGCCUCAAUUCAAUUGACAUCAAGAUAGUACAUGGCCUUAUUUUAUUCUGAAAUGAAAAUUUCUGUUUCUUUGCUUUUUUA